AUGGCGGAGGCCGGCGAGCUGCAGGGCAAGCUCCUGGAGCUCUGGGGGCACCUGCGGCCGCUGCCGCACUGGGAGGUGGCGGACGACGAUGAGGAAAGCGACGAGGACUUCGAGGAGUUGUUGGCGGAGGAUGCGCUCCUGGAGGCUGCCGGCACGGAGCUGCCGGCCGCGCUGCCCCCGCGCCGGGCCGUUAUUAUACAGGAAUGUGGCUCCAAAAAGCAGUAUGAAGUGGUUGGACGUUUUCCAUUAGUUGGCCCUUGGUGGAAAGUUAAUGUUAAAGCUAAAAAAAUGGGGUCGAAGUACUUUGUGCAAGGAUAUCCAUCGUAUUUUCUGCAGACUGAUGUAGAAGAGAACAACCGACAAGUAUUUUCACUCUUUCUUAAGGAGUGUCAUGUUCCUGAAGAUUGGAAAGAAAAAUUUUUUGCUUGGCUCCCUAUGGAGUCUGUGCUGAGUUUUAGCAACCUCGAAGAAAAACUAAAACAGUUCCAAGUUUCACAGCUACAGCCAAGAGGGAUCAAAAGAGAUACCAAGGAUUACAACAUCUUCCAUUAUGUUUCAAAAUCAUUUGCAGGAAAGGCGGUAUUGGGAGCUCUGGCCUUUCCAAGCAUACUGGAGUUCUUGCCAGUUCUUCUGCCACGCCACUUUUGCGGUCUGUUAGAUAAGAUACGUUGGGAAGGAGAGGCUGAUGUGGAUGAUGAGGAGGUGGCUGAUGAGAUGGGAACAAAACUGGAUGAGAUACUAAAGGAUGAGCCAUGGAAACUUGGAUUCAGCAGGAUUAUGUAUAAGGAGUUGAACAUUCCUUAUUGUGAGGCAACAUGGGCUGCCUUCUGUCAGUGUGAACAUCUCCUCUGGAAGAUUCCUGUCUUGCAGAAGAAUGCAUUGAUUCUGUAUGAUCAGCUCAAGACACGCUGCAGACAGAUGGGACACACAUACGAAGAUCAAGAUGAAUUAGCUCGUUUGCUAUCCAAACACAUGUCCAUCGAGCAUGUUUGGCAAUCUCUUGAGUUUUUGAAAGAUCAGAAUGUAGUGAUACGGGAGAAAAAGCUGGUGUUUCUGCCUCAUCUUUACAAAUCUGAAAAAGACAUUGCAAUGUAUGUAGGUGACCUUCUGGCAAAACACACAUGGAAACUGGAUGUGGAUGUCAAAAAGAUACUUAGCAUUUCCGAGGCACCAGGAGAAACUGUAGAUAACAAAAUGAAUAUUACCCAGGCACGUGAAAUAGAGGAAAAUAAUCUAGACAGUCAUAAUGGUGAAAAUCACUUUCCCGAAAAGGAGGUGGGCUCUGUGUCUGGUAUCCAGAGUAAAGCAGAGGUAGACAAAGAUCAGGUGAUUGCUGUAGAAAAAAUUUGUUCUAAUCCUGUCACAAUCAUAAGUGGAAAAGGAGGCUGUGGGAAGAGUACAAUAGUUAGCUGCCUUUUUCGUCACUUAAAGCAAAUGGAAAAAGAAGUGGAAGCUGCUUCCAAGGUCUUUGAAGGAGACUUGGAUGCAUCUGAGGAAUGGAAUACAUUUGAUCACUACUGGGAACCAGAGAAUAUGUAUGCAAAAAAAUAUUUGAAUGUACUAUUCACUGCACCUACAGGGAGGGCAACAAGUCUUUUGAGAGAAAAAACGCAGCUUCCUGCAUAUACACUACAUCAGAUUAUCUAUAGUUUUAAGUCGUGGAGGCGGAGUGACCGAGAACAGCCGUGGAAAUUUUCUGCAGUUACAGUUCUCAUUGUGGAUGAAGGAAGUUUGGUGUCUGUACGCAUUCUUAGUUUAGUUUUGAAACUCUUGUGUGAGCAUGCUCAGCUUGCUAAGCUUGUUAUUCUAGGUGACACUAGACAGCUGCCAAGCAUAGAUCCAGGAAACAUGUUAGCUGAUAUCUUUGAGGGUCUAAAAUCAAGAGGCUUUUCUGUGGAACUGCGAACUAACCACAGAGCUGAAUCACAACUAAUUGUAGACAAUGCGUCAAGAAUCUCUCACCGGCAGCUUCCUGAAUUUGAUGAGGUGCUGAAAGUUUCUGCUUGGAAUGAGGAAAUGACAAUGCCAAUCCCAGAGAAGAAAUUUAUUUUUAUUGCUUUGCCUGCCGGCGGGAAUUGUCAGAAUUUACAAACUGCAAUAAAGAUUUUACUUAAAAAAGGGCCAGGAUUGGAGGAUGCCAAACAAUCACAAUUCAUUGCUUUCAGAAGGCAAGAUUGUGAUCUAAUAAAUGAACUUUGUUGCCAACACUACUCAGAUCAUUUAACCAGAGACCAUAAGAACAGAUUUCUGUUUCAAACUGGGGACAAGAUUGCCAGCACACGCAAUGUUUAUCUCAAGGAUCUCUUGGCCACCCGUGGUGUCAGAGAGGGUUCUAAUGGCCAGGAAUGCAGAAGUGGAGAAACCCCACUCACUGCAGAGUCUAAUGAGGAGGGCAAACGACUCUGCAAUGGAGAUAUAUUUUUCAUAACAGAGGAUGUAGAAAUUGAUAAGCAGCGCUUGCUGACCAUCAGCAGCACGGACGGCUCCACGUUCACUGUGAACUACACGGCACUGAGGAAGCUGUGUCACAUCAGGCAUGCCUGGGCCAGAACUAUUCACACAUUCCAGGGCUCGGAGGAGAGGACCGUGGUGUACGUGGUUGGCAACGCGGGCCGGCAGCACUGGCAGCACGUGUACACGGCCGUGACCAGGGGGCGCUGCCGCGUCUACAUCGUGGCUGAGGAGCUGCACCUGCGGAGAGCCGUGAAGAGCAAGGAGAUCGCCAGGAAAACGCGUUUGCAGAGGUUUCUGAGAGAGGCAAUUGCAGAAACAAACAACUGUCCCGAACAAAUGCCCUCCCCCCCGAAGAGGUGCUGGCGAAAUCAAGAGCUCGGGGCUCAGUCUGUUUCUGCUACUCAAGGUGCUCCUGACCCACCUGAACUUCAGAGUGACCUCAUGAUGCAGGAAGGGUCAUCAGCUCUCAGUAAAGAGAAGGUGGGCAGUCUGCAGCAAAGUCCAUGUAAAAGACAAAUUCCUGCACCUGAGGAUGCUACAGAAAUACCCCUGACAACAGUAGAAGAAUCCCCACUUGGAUCUUCCAGACUUAAGAAUCUAACACUGGGACAGCAAAUUCCCAGGAAACUCUUCAAAAGCUAACAGACAAUUAUUAAUUGGUCUUGGUAUGAACCUUUAUUGAACCUGCUGAAGAUUUUUGGGAUGGAGAUCCUGAAUGUUCAGGUGCCUUUUAAAGGAUUUCUUGGUUUUGCAUGUUCUGUGAAGAACAGCUUAUUUUAUGCUGAUGCUCUUAAAUUUUCAGUGAUCCAUUUUUAAUAGAUUCACUGGUAUACUGGUCAUCAGAAGUCAUGUAAUUCUUUCAUUUUGCUGAAGACUGAACUUACAGGUCUUUGAGGUUCCAGAUAUUCCCUUAAAAAAUACACAAGGAUGUAUUUUGGUUUAAAGACUCCUAGUUGUCCAUACCAAGAUUUAUCCAUCUCCAAAUGCUAUGAUAUUGAUGAGAUGCUCUUACUAUUGAUUCCUUGAGAAAAAAAAAACAGUUUACAAAGGGGUCUAGGUUUUUCUGAUAGCAGAUUUGUGGCCAUGAAACUUUGAUGGAUCAUGGGUUUUAAUCUUUUUAUAAGCAUAACAAGAAAGUUGCAAUCAGUGACAUAGAAAACUUUUUCUAUGAUGUAGAACUUGCCAUUGCUGCUUUAGCUAAUAGUUCUGUGCUGAUGAUGAUCUUGGUAAGAAAAGCAAAACUCCAAAUCAGAGCUGAAAUAACAUUCCACUUUUAGCUUUCUCAUGUGUGCUUUGGGACUUCUGCAUUGCAGUUUUGAAAUUAAUAAAUUGAAUGUUCAAUCAAACAUCAGACACAUUGUACUAAAAUGUGGACAACCUGCUUACCUUCAACAAUUUUUUCUUUUCACAUAUGGUAGGAAAAAGUAUACCACAAAUAUAAAAAUGGUAUUUUUUUCUAAAACUGUGGAAAAAAAAAAAUGGGAAAAAUAUGAAGUAGAAAAACUCUACCUCAUUUUUAAUGUCUUCAAAUCAC